AUGCCGCACCGCCUGCUGCUGCUUGACCGGCCACCAGCUCCACAGGUGGAGGCCUCCUUCAGAGACCUGAUGACCCUGCGGAGCCCGUGUUCAAAUCCUGCCCCCUUUACCAUCACCCAAGACGUGUCUGGCCACGGCAAGGGCGGGAAGGGCCUGGGCAAGGGCGGCGCCAAGCGCCACCGCAAGGUGCUGCGCGACAACAUCCAGGGCAUCACCAAGCCCGCCAUCUGCCGCCUGGCCCGGCGCGGCGGCAUCAAGCGCAUCUCGGGGCUCAUCUACGAGGAGACCUGUGGCGUGCUCAAGGUCUUCCUGGAGAACGUCAUCCGCGACGCCGUCACCUACACGGAGCACGCCAAGCGCAAGACGGUCACGGCCAUGGAUGUGGUCUACGCGCUCAAGCGCCAGGGACGCACGCUCUACGGCUUCGGCGGCUGA